AUGUCAUAUUACAUUACCAUCCACCACGGCUCAGGUGUGGAUGAGAGCCCUGAGAACCAAUGGGUGAAUCUGUCUUUUACUGUCAAAGAAUAUUUUUACCUUCGGACUGAUGGGGCGCUAAUUUGUUAUAUCAUGGAACGUAUCCGGGAGAAGAAAUUCGAUCUUACUUCUGAACCCUGGGAUCGACGAUCUCGAUGGUGUAUCUCGAUACCAGUCUCCAAGAUGCAUGAGAGCAAAGACGGGGCUGCUGCUGAUGCUUUACAACUGGCGGAGUGGUACAGAGUUCAAAUUCUGAAUGGGAACGCAACUAUUAACCGUGAGUUGCUAUUUGAUCGGAAGCCAUUUUAUGAUGGUAAGGAAUGCUGUAGGGGUAAUGUCUGCGAUCUGAUACUGCAUCCGGAGUGGUGGAUCCCAGAGCCUUCUUCGAACAAUUCCACGGACUCUUCUUCGGAUUCUUCUUCAAAUCAUUCUAAAGAUCCUUCUGUGGAUUCCUCUUCGGAUCCUUCGUCUGAUCCUUCGUCAGAUCCUUCCUCUGAUCCUUCUUCUGAUUCUUUUUCGGACCCUUAG